UACUGCAUUUCAAUCCCUGGAACAAGCUAGAAGGGUUUCCUGAUCACACCAUGGAACCAGGUGCCCUGGAGCCCCUCACUCACCUCGGCCGGCUGGAAGGCGCGGAGAGGCGGCCACGAAGCGAUGCGGAAGGGGGGCAGGCGACUCCCCCGUCGUGCUGGUUCAGAUCCAAUCCGGAGCAAGUAGACCCUAUCCGAGAUGGAGUGCGCAGAUACCUUCAGCUCCCAUGUGACCAGACUGUGCUGAUACUCCAUGCAAAAGUUGCUCAGAAAUCAUACGGCAAUGAAAAAAGGUUUUUCUGUCCACCACCUUGUGUUUAUCUCAUUGGACCAGGCUGGAAACUGAAGCAGGAAGAACUGAAAGCUAAAGAUCGGAUGGCAGCCAGUUGCAAAGUAUGUGGGUACAUGGGGCUGGACAGUGUGGGCAGCAGCCAUGUGGAAACUCAGAAAUUAAACUUUGAGGAACAAGCAGAUUCCAAGGAAUUCAGCUGUGCCAAAACUCUGUACAUUUCGGACUCUGACAAGAGGAAACACUUCCGGCUGGUCCUAAAGUUGUUCUUCAGCAAUGGCCAGGAGAUUGGCACUUUCCACAGCAAGCUGAUCAAAGUGAUCUCUAAGCCCUCACAGAAGAAACAGUCCUUGAAAAACACAGAGUUGUGUAUUUCUUCUGGAUCCAAGGUCUCCCUCUUCAACCGCUUGCGCUCCCAAACAGUCAGCACCCGCUAUCUUUCUGUGGAGGGUGGUGCCUUCACCGCAAGCGCCAGGCAGUGGGCAGCAUUUACGCUUCAUCUGGCUGAUGAAUGUUGUUCCCAGUUCCCCCUCCGAGAAGGCUACAUUCGCUAUGGAUCUGUGGUCCGUCUCAUUUGCACAGCCACAGGUGUUGCGCUGCCCCCUUUGAUUAUUCGCAAAGUUGCUAAGCAAUCUGUGCUGAUGGAUGUGGAUGAGCCCAUCUCACAGCUGCACAAAUGUGCUUUCCAGCUUCACGGCAGUGAUGGGAUGUACCUUUGCCUCUCCACAGAGAAAGUGAUCCAGUUCCAGGUAACAGGUUGUUCAGAGAAAGAGCAAUUAUCAAAUGUCACUGGUCAUCAUCUUCUAAGUCCCAAGUCCCUGGUAUGUGUCGUGCCUGAUGUUUCUGCAUUUAGCCGUGACUGGAGGUGGUUGAGAUACCCAAUCACUGUGCCCCUCUUGCUCCUAAGGAACGAUGGUCUGAUUUAUUCCAGUACUUUCAGCUUCACGUAUACACCAGAGCAGAAUUUCUUCACUGGGCAACCCAUCUUGCAGGAGAUGAUGCCGGAUUCCGACAGCCUGCUCGACACCAUCCAUCAAGAGUUCACCAAGACCAACUUCCACCUCUUUGCUUAG